UUGCUUUAUAUUUCUACUUGACUUAACAAUCUCUUUCUGUUAUUAGAGAUUUGCACAAUACGGCUGCCUUUUUAUCAUAUCAUCAUCAUCAUCAUCAUCAUCAUCAUCAAGUUGGAAGGGACCUUGGAGGUCGUCUAGUCCAACCCCUGCUCAGGCAGGAAUGGCCUAUAACAUUUCAGACAAAUGGCAAAUUUUGUUUUCUGAAAAGCCUGGCCUAUAACCUAUGUUGGUGUAUCAUAGGAAGUUGGGGAAUAUAUCCUUAAGGAUGUGAGUGAGGAACCAAGAAUUAAACCUGUAGGAUAAGAAAAGUUGAAAAAAUCUUGCUCUUUUGGGACAAGAGGGAUUUUCUUUUGCAGACAGCUGGAAAUUCUCAAAGGGGUGAGGGUUUGUUUCUUUAAAAGGGGAUGCUUCAGUUUUUCACCAAGCCCACCAUGAAGAAGCCAAUCACUGAAGUAGGAAAGCUCACUGGAAAAAAAUUUCUUAGGUGUUUCCUGCUUGAUGAAUAUCCCCUUUUCAAGAUUAUAUGGCAAGGGCCCCUCUACAAGGCCUGGCUCUCUCCCUGUCUCCAACCAGCUAUUUGGAGGUGGCUCAAAUAAAAAUAUGCAGCUUGUGAGAUAUUCCCUCGUGGCUUUCUAGGACCAAGCAGGAACAGUCAACAAAAGCUUGGAUCAGCAGCUCUGUGUGUCUCUGAGAACUCCAUGUGUCAACACAGAACGGGGCAAGGACUUUCUACCCUGAGGGGGUAUGUACGUGGAGUGGUCAAAAUCCAAGUGUGGAGAACUGAAGUCUCCUUUGAUGGCUUUUCCUUCAUGGACAGGACAGGAAUCAGAUGUUCCACAGACACCCACCUAUGCCUACUUUUAGGGCUGCUGGCAGUCAGCAAAUAGGACAGAUGGCCCGCUCUCUGGGUGUUUUUCUUCUUCUUCCAGAAAUGGUAUCUAGGUGAGGAUGGAGUCCACCUCUUUGUCAGUUCUGAACCGAGCUUGGUGUUUAAGGUGGACACCAUGAGCCAUGCUUUCUCCAGCCUUUUAGGACUUGCCUACAGCUUUCACUAUCUUUUGACUGUUGUUGUUCAGUCACUGUCUGACUCUUUGGGACCUUAUGGACCAAGCAUGGCAGCCCUCCGCCCUGUGUCCUCCGCUGUCUCACAGAGUUUGCCCACAUUGACGUUCAUUGCCUCAAUGACACCAUCUAACCAUCUCCUCCUCUGCCGUCUCCUUCUCCUUUCGCCUUCCAUCUUCUUCAACAUCGGGGUCUUCUCCAAGGUCUCCUCUCUUCUCAUUUGGGGGACAAAACAUUUGAGCCUUUCAGCUUCAGGAUCUGUCCUUUCAAAGAACAGCCAGGGUUGAUUUCCUUUAGGAUCGACUGAUCGGAUCUCCUUGCAGUCCAAGAGACACCCCUAUUUUGGUGAUCAGAGCAGAUACAUCAAGUUCUUCUACGUUCUGAUGCACUACAGCUAGUACUUGACUUGCAACCACAAACGAGCCGAAAAUAUCCAUUGCUAACCAAGACACUUGCCAAGUGGCUUGUGCCCCAUUUUACGACCUUGUUUUUGUCCCUGUUGUCAAAUGAAUCACGUGGUUGUUAACAGAACCUGGCUUGUCUCAUUGACUUUGGUUGUCAGAAGCUGGCUAGGAAUGGUGAUCACAUGACCCCUGGACAAUGGAACGGUCACCAAGACAUACCCGUUGGCAAAUGCCCAAAUUUUGAUCACAUGACCAUAGAGAUGCUGUGACCGUCGUAAGUGUGAAAACUGGAUAUAAGUCACUUUUUUUCCCGUGCCGUUGUAACUUCAAAUGAUUGCUAAACUAAUGCUUGUAUGUAGACAACUAUCUUUAUUUGAGUCUGCAUCUCAUGCAAUGUCAGGGCACCAGCUAUAUGGGUAGUCUUUGACUUAUAACUGAAAUGGAGCCUUUUCAUCACGUCGUAAUCCAUGACAGUCAUAAACUGGGUCAUCACAUAACCAAUCCUCUUUUACAAACUUUUUUGGGGGGUGGCCGUUCAGUGGACCCUUGUUUUCUCUUGAGUAUUUUUGCCAAAAAUCUGGAAGUAAAUACCGCAAGUGUGUUUGUGACUGUGGGACGCUCUAAAUGGAUGUAAAAGUGGGCCAAUGGCCAAAGGCCAAAAAAUGCAGUCAUGUGACUCCAGGGUGUGACUCCUAUUUAUAGCAGAACUCUUAGAUUCUGCAACAGCUUGGUUCCUUAAAUGCCAUCAGCCUGGUAAAUUCGCUGGAUUCUUUUUUUUUUUCGCCAGGUGUAUGUGUACACUUGAAGUAGACGGUGAUGUUUCUCUGCGUCAUAUAUUGUGUGAUGAACAUUUGGACUACAAAGAUGCUAAGCUACUCUAUCGCUUCCGCAAGGAUGAUGGGACCUUCCCGCUCAACAAGGAAGUCAAGGUGUUCCUGAGAGGACAAAACCUCUACGAGACGCUGAUCGGCAUGGACAACUCCAUUCUCAAAGUCAGAGAAGAGAACCUGGUCAAAUACCAGAGGACCUUCCUGGGCUGUGAGAUGGUGGACUGGCUGGUUGAGGAAGGGGAGGCCGCAAACCGGAAGGAAGCUGUGGAACUCUGCCAAACUCUCCUAGAACACGGGAUCAUCCAGCACGUCUCCGCUCAGUGCCAUUUUUACGACCGGGACCUCCUCUACCAGUUUCGGAUCAAUUUCCGACGAAGGAGGCGACUUACGGAACUGCUCAGCGAAAGUUCGGUCAGGACACUGUCGGACAGCCCCGACAGCCCCUUCUGUCUGCGCAAGCUGAACCCCGAGCAGAACGCCUCCAGCUUCUUGUCAGUCCAACCUAAUAAGGAAAUUAAAAUUGUCUCGGCGGUCCGAAGAAGCAGUGUAACUUCGCUGGCUGGGGGAUCCAGUCUCUAUUACAACCUCUCUCCAAACCUGGGAAUGGUGCCAGCUAUUGAGUGCAAUCCUAAAUCUGUCUUGAAGAGACCAGUCACCAAUGAGGAGCUUUUGACACCCGGAGCACCUUAUAUCAAGAAAACGCUGACAAUUGUAGGGGAUGCAGUUGGCUGGGGUUUUGUGGUCCGUGGAGGUCAGCCAUGCCACAUCCAGGCUGUAGAUCCAGGAGGACCAGCUGCUGCUGCUGGCAUGAAGGUCUGCCAAUUUGUCUACUCAGUGAAUGGAAUGUAUGUUUUACAUUUGGACUAUCAGACUGUGAGCAACCUCAUUGUGACAGGACCUCGGACUCUUGUGCUCGAAGUUAUGGAAGAAGAUGAAUGAAGUCACCUCCUCCCUGUCUCCCCAACAUUUUGAGAUCAGCACCCACUUUGCCAGCUGAGGAAGAUCCAAUCUAUGUUCUGAACCUUAAAAACAUUGGAUGGGGUUUUCCUACUUAUAUCUAUUAUCUAUAAUAAUAUGUCUCAACCUCAGUAAAUUAAAGAUGUAUAAACUUCAUGGCUGGCUGGAGAAUUCUGGGAGUUGAAGUCCAUACAUCUUAAAGUUGCCAAGGUUGAGAAACACUGAGGAAGUGAGGAACAAAGAAGAGGGAGUCAAGCUAUUCUCCAAAGGCAGGACAA